CCUCGGGGAGCUGUUUCUCUCUCAUCCCAUAUCUAACUGAUCCGCGUAGUCCUCCCAGUCCCAAUCAAUCCACAGGGCAGGGCAACCAUGAACACCGAUCUCUCUCUCUCUCUCUCUCUCUCUCAGCAUCUUCAUUACUCAACACAACAGAAGACCACAUCCAACCGCCCAAACCCGUUCUUUCUCACACUUCAAUUUCCUUCUCUUUUCUCCUCUUGGGGUGCCCCAGAACCCCAUCUUUUCACAACCACCAUCUCUUUCUCUCUCUCUUUGGGCACCGUACCCCAGAAACCCCAAUCUCUACACCCCAAAACCUCCUAUUUUCAUCGCAGAAACCAGUUUUUGGCAACCCCAACCAGUCCAUGGAAUGUCAACAUGGUUCAGGCCAAGUUGCAGAAACCAGAGAUGACCCAAUUAGCAAUUCACCCUCUAACGUGGACCCAAUAGCCCCACCCAGAUUUCCCAGAUGGACCAGGCAGGAAAUAGUGGUCUUGAUAGAAGGGAAGAGAGUGGAAGAGAGCAGAGGCAGGAAAUACAGGGUCUUUGAUGGUGGUCCUGCAAAUACUGAAUCGAAAUGGUCCUCAAUCUCUUCUUACUGCAAGAGACAUGGGGUCAACAGGGAACCAGUCCAGUGUAGAAAGAGAUGGAGCACUUUAUCCAGAGACUAUAAGAGGAUCAGAGAGUGGGAGAGGUCCAACAAGGACCAGUCCUUUUGGUUGUUGAGGAAUGAUUUGAGGAGAGAGAGUAAGCUUCCAGGGUUUUUUGACAGGGAAUUGUAUGAUAUUAUUGAGAGGGCUUUUUCCUGUGGUAGACAGCAGGGUGGUUGUUCUUCUUUUGUGAAGGAAGAUGAGACUGACCCAAACGCAGGGAGAGGGACCACCGAGGAGGGUCUUUUUUCGGAUGCCGAGCUUUCAGAGGCCCAGGAAGAUGUUCCGGAAAGCCCAGGGAAGGAAAUUACAGGGAGCCCCUCUGCCACCCCGCCACCAGGCAUGUCAUCUGAGAAGCCUCUACCUCCUAACAGUGAGAAGGAUUCAGCUCCAAAAAGCACCGGGUUGAAAAGAACGCAUGCUUCAGACGAUGAAGAGAACGGGUUUAAGGUGAGGCGGAGAAUACUUUCAAUUCUUGAGAGAAAUGGGAGGGUUUUGGCUGCUCAUAUUGAGUCACACAAUCUCAACUGUGAGAUGGAUAGAAAUCAGAGAAGUGAACAGGCUCAAAAGCUAGUUGGAGUGUUGGGGAAGCUCGCUGAAGCCCUCAGCAAAAUUGCAGAUAAACUACCAUGAUUCAUCUCUCUCUCUCUCUCACACACACAAAAUACAUGUACAUAGUAAUCUUCUGUAAGAAUAGUACAUAGAGCCAAUUGGAGUGAGGCACUCGUCCUGGCCACACCAUAUAUUUAGCUUGGGUUAGUUUUGAGUUUUAUAAUGCUUAAAGCUAGCUUCAA